AUGACCUUCAUGCCCUCACCUGUGGCUAGCAAGGGGACAAAGGCCCUCGCCCAAACUAGUUUGAGGCCAGUAACCUCGCUGAUGUCGGCGAAAGGGCUAAGGCCUGUCUGCCGGGAAUGGCGCAACAUCAUCGACGACCCAGGCUUUGCCGAGGUGCAUGCCACGAGCGGCAUUGGAGGCCCCCGGAUCCUGCUGCUCCUGCGGCCGCCGUUGCGUAGGCUUGCCGGCUGGAUGGAUCCCCGGUUCGCAGCCCCAUUCAUAAUGAGUGAUGAGCUCCUAGUGACCUCACUCCCCGAACCAGUCGCGAGCUCGUGGCUCUACGGAGAGGGAGUUUCGUGCCACGGGUUGCUUUGCUUUGACGACCGCCGCGAUGGCGGCGCGACCCAUCUCCUCAACCCUCUGACACGAGAAAUCGCCUCAGUGGCGGGGCCGAGCGUCGCGCCGCGCAAGCGUGGACACCGGCAACACAAGCACCAAGCGAUCCGCGGGACAAGGGCAGAGGUCCUCGAUCAGGGCUCGAGGUCGUGGAGGGACAUAGCGAGCGUCCCUCCCAGGCUCUUCCUCGGAGUCCCAGUGUACGCUGCCGGAUCGUUCCACUUCAAUUUCGUCGGCAGCGGCGCAGACAACCGUGUCAAAAAGAUCUUGUCCUUCGACCUCGCGAAGGAGGAGUUCGCGCCGACUCCAUGCCCGGAGUUCCAGAACGCCCACCUGAUUGUCCUCCGGGGAAAGCUGGGGCUCGUCGACCUCUCACAGAACGAGAGCAUAGACGUGUGGGUGAUGGAGGAGGAGGGCGGCGGGCGGUGGGCAAAGGAGUACAGCAUCCCGCUGAGGGUGCCGCGAGUGUUGAAUACUAGUAACCGGUCCGUAGAGUUUCUGGGCUGCGGCGGCCAGAAGAUAAUGCUCAGGUUCAAGGGAAGCAUCUUGAGCUACGAUCCAGCGACUGGCAAGGUGAAGUAUGCGCAGAGAGGUGGCGCAUCGCUGGCCAGAGCGAUGGGCAGCAUCACUGUAAGCUUGCUGUCGCCGGCCAAAUUGUGGAAUAUGGACAAGGUCGUCCUGCCUUUAACCGCGGUUAUGAAAAUGGGGAAGGGCGGAUUGAGUUUAGGCGAAGAAGAGACUUGA